AUGUGGACAUGGAUCUACUUCAUUCUUUUUAGUCUACUCGAAAUUCUUCUGUAUCUAUUCAUUCUGGCUCUAGUGUUGCUAUAUAUCUCAAUUGUGCUGUUUGCCUUCGUCUGCGGAUAUUUGUGCAAUAUUGCUUUUCGAAGGGAUCACGGCAUCGAAUUCUUUGUUGAUGCUGUUGUGAUUGGCAAUGUGUGCUAUGAAUAUUGGACGGAUAAACACUACAAAAUUAAAAGAACCCGUAAAGUGGCCGUAAAGAAUAAGUGA